UCUCGGAUCGCCAUCCCUAGUCCUGGCCCUCCCGUGGGUCGGAUAGUAUUUCUAUUUAGUUAGUUUGUUUGGAUCAGUCAGAAAAUUGACCUCCUGACUGCUGUAAAGUAUUGAUCAAUUAAAGAGAAGAAAAGGAUUGCACUAUACCUAAUGCUAUGCAGUACUGUAGCACUGCACUGUGUAUUGAGGGGUGUGAAAGUGUUUUAAUCCAAUUACUAAAUACAUUUAAUCACGCCUCUUUCCUGAAGGCAAGAGGAAACAAUAUUUAAAAAAAAAAUUAUAGUCUGAUAAUAAAUAACUCGAGGCUUAGCAAUUCUGUGUGGUUUGUGUGGUAUACGGCAACGCAUCCAAGUUGCUGGUGGAUACAUUAAAGUAGACAAAUAUUCAACCACUAUCCGUGAUGGACGGUGCCGUUGGUCAGUGUGGAUCUCUGGCCGGAUCUGGGGAUCUCCCCGUGCCUGUUGUAAACAUCAAAAUAGAGCCAAAGAUAGAAUUCGACUGUGAUAUUGAAGAAGAGGAACAAUAUGGUUCCCCUCGGCCGCCGAAUGUGUCAUUUGUUAAAAUCGAAGAGGUGAAGAUUGAACCGUACAUAGAUGACUCCCAAGUUCAAAUAAAGCGUGAGCCAGACGAAGACAUAAAGACGGAGGUGGAAAUCACAGAAGAUGCUCCCACUCUCUACCCCACAUCGGGAGCUGACAUACAGCAACCUGAAGGUAGCACAACCAACAUUGAACAGCACGAGCCUGGACGAGUGUCGACAACACGGAGUAGUCACGGACCUCACCAAUGUGAUGUGUGUCAGAAGUGCUUCAAGAAAAGUUACGACAUGAUGGUGCAUUGUAGAACUCAUACUGGCGAGAAACCUUAUGAAUGCGACGUGUGUCAACGCAGAUUCGGACACAGGAACUCAUUGAAAAUACACAAAUUAACUCACACCGGUGAGAAACCUUAUGAAUGUGACGUGUGUCAACGCAGAUUUGGUCACAGAAAUUCAUUGAAAAUACAUAAGGGAACUCACACUGGUGACAAACCUUACGAAUGUAAGAUUUGUUGUAGAACUUUCCCGCAGAAGAAUUAUUUGGCUGUGCAUCUCAGAACGCACACAGGCGAGAAACCUUAUGAAUGCGACGUGUGUCAUAGGAAAUUCAGUAGGAAGAGAAUUUUGACAGUCCAUCAUAGAACACACACGGGCGAGAAACCUUACGAAUGUGACGUCUGUCAUAGAAGUUACCGUCAGAAGAAUAUAUUUGCGAUACAUCUUAGGACUCACACGGGCGAGAAACCUUACCAAUGUGACGUGUGUCAUAAAUGUUACCGUCACAAGAACAAUUUGGCGGUCCACCUCAGAACACAUACCGGUGAGAAGCCCUAUGAAUGUGACGUAUGUCAAAAAACGUUCAGUGACAAGAGGAAUGUAUUAAUACACCGUAGAAUUCACACCGGUGAAAAGCCAUAUGAAUGUGACGUGUGCCAACGUCAGUUCAUUCAGAUGAGUUCGUUAACUAAACACCGUAAGACUCAUACCGGUGACAAGUUGUGCGAGAUAAUAAAACCUGUCGUGAUUAAAAAACGUAGAGUUCAGAAUAAUAAGAGACCGUAGAAGUGGUCAGUAAUCGUAAUGCGUCGUCGCAACUAAUUGUAAUCACCUUAGUUUGAAUACUAACUGAUGGUCUUACGAUAAGAGAAAACAUCGUGAGGGAACCUGCACAUUCAUGCAACUGGAUGUGUGACCAUGAUCGAUCCAACACGGGUCAGGUUCCCCUGCAAAGGUCGCGGAGGUCGGACGGGAGUCGCUUCGCGUAAAAACCGUAUUAUUAUCCUUUUCUUUUACUAUAUUCUUUUUUUUUUCUAUUGAUGCCAGGCACCACACGGCAUCUUCCUAUCUGCACGAUAUUAUUAUUGAAAAUAUUAAAGGUAUAUUACUAAAUAGGUUUUCAAAAAUAGGAAAUAUUUAUUUUUCUUUUAGAUAAUAUCUUCUUUUUAUUUUUUUUUAUAAAGAAUAGCUUUAUUUAUGAAAAUAUAGAACUAAAUGAUAGUAUAUUUAGCAAAGAUAUGUAUGUUUUUCGCCAUAAUUUUUCACAAACAAUAUAUAUGUAUAUGUCGACGGUUCCUGUAAUAUAAAAUAAAUAUAAACGUUUUGUUGCGA